AAAAAAAACAGCAAACAAAGAGAAGAAUGAACCCUUUGUAGCCUAUUGCUGAUUUUCCUUUGGGGGGACACUCUCAUGAUAUCGACAAAAGAAGAGACGAACUUGGUUGAAUAAAAAGCAAGAGAGAGAUAGAUCGGUCUGAAUGCUGCUUUUGGUUUGCGGGCAGAGAAAAGGACGGUAGUCGAAGCUACGGAUCACCAUCGGCCUCCCCCCCGUCUUCACUCCCGAUUCUACUCGCCUUGUCUCGCCCUCCCCUCUGAACACAGGUUAUCGGAUGGACCAGCAUCCGAGCGCCCGGAGCUGCACCAGUCGCGGGGCUUCGUCCUGCGAGGCCGUCCCGGCUGAGCCCUCCAUGAAUUUAUACAUCCACUCCACCACCGGUACGCGCUUCGAGCUCUCCCUGCCCCUGGAGGAGACCGUGGAGGGACUGAAGAGGAGGCUGUCACAAAGACUCAAAGUACCCAAAGAGAGGCUCGCUCUGCUACACAAAGAAACGCGACUAAGUUCAGGCAAACUCCAGGAUCUAGGCAUCUCUGAUGGGAGCAAGUUAACACUUGUACCAACAGUUGAAGCAGGAUUAAUGUCGCAAGCAUCAAGACCAGAACAGUCAGUAAUGCAAGCCUUGGAGAGUCUAACAGAAACUCAGGUCAGUGACUUCCUGUCUGGCCGCUCCCCCCUCACCCUGGCGCUGCGUGUCGGUGAUCACAUGAUGUUCGUCCAGCUGCAGCUGGCAGCGCAGAACUCCGGAGGUCCCCAGCUCCAGCACAGGCACCUCAUCACCCGAGGCAACGCCGAGGCCGCCGCGGGACAGCCCACUGGACAGCCCACCGGACAGCCCCGUGCUCCUCACUCUCACCCGCACUCACACCACCCCCCCCACCAUCUACACAACCACCCGAGCCCCCACUUAGCCCAGUCUCAACAUGUCCCUUCCUCGCCCUCCUCCCCAGGGUCCCCUUCCUUCCCCCUUCCCUCCACGCACCACCAGCCCCUCCCUCCUUUGUACCACCAGUCGCCCUCUCCUGCCCAUUGUAGCCCCCCCACCCCUCCACCUCACUCCCCUCGCCCUUCCCACAUCCCUGGGGGUCAUUUCCGCUCCCCAGCCCACCACCAUCACCACCACCAUCAUCACCACUACCACCAACCUUCCUUGGGUCAGCCCAGCCACGAUAUUGGCCAGGUCAGCCCUGUAGCCCCGGUUCUCUGCCCUGAGGCUAACUGCAGCACCAACAGCCCCAGCAGUGGCAGCAGUCCCUCAACACGCUCCCGUAAACCUGGUGCCAUCAUUGAGAGCUUUGUCAACCAUGCUCCCGGAGUCUUCUCAGGGACUUUUUCAGGCACUUUGCACCCUAACUGCCAGGACAGCAAUGGACGUCCAAGACGGGAUAUCGGUACCAUUCUGCAGAUCCUCAACGACCUCCUGAGCGCCACACGCCACUACCAGGGCAUGCCCCCCUCCCUCACCCAGCUCCGCUACCAGACCCAGUGUGGCUCACCGGCCUCGCCGUCCCCUUCGCCGCCCCCUUCACCCCCGGUUUCUGGCAUGACAGGCCUCUCUGCCAAAGCUACCUCUGUGCCUGCGAGCAGUCCUAGCAGCCCUCCUCCGACUCUGCAUCCACUGGUGCAGUGCCAGAGCCAGAUCCGCAUGUGCAAACCCCCUGGUGACCGCAUUCGUCAGACCGAGAACCGUGCAACCCGCUGUAAGGUGGAACGCCUGCAGCUGCUGAUGCAGCAGAAGCGCCUGCGCCGGAAGGCCAGGAGGGACCAGCGCGCUCCCUACCAGUGGCUGCCCAACCGGAAGGCCGGCCGCAGCAACAGCAACAGCAGCAUGUCCAGCGAGGGCUCCCUGGACCUGGACUUUGACGACUCGGUGUGGAAGCCCGACGUAAAGGCCGACCUGAAGUCCGAGUUCGUCAUGGCCUGAGUGGCGUGCGGACCACACGCCCCCGGCCCACGUCCAGAUUCAGAGAUUUACAAAGCGUUGCUUUGGAUUUACUUAGAGACGUGUUUGGAGGGAGUGGAUUGGCCGGAGCUGAAGCAAAAGCGCAAAGAUGACAUCAAGGUUGUCCUUGUGGCCGUUAUCUGUCACAAGGGGAAAAAGAAAAAAAGCUCCCCACAGACUUUGAUCCCAUUCUGUCCUUCACAGCUGACAUUGUGAAAAGCAGCAACAAUAGCAAAAUGAACUUUGCUGUAAAGCCGGGAUUUGGACAGGCGACAACAGGACUUCAGAGUGUGAUAGAGCAUCAUGCCUUCACCUGAGCAUAGCUGAAUUUAGUGGGUGGUGAUGGUAUCUUCAGAUUUUUUUUUCUACAGUUCCGUUUUUUUUUUUUUUUAAGUGCACUCUGGGCAGAGAUGAAGAGAUCCACACUGGACUUAUUAAGAGGACGGGAGCACCAGGGACUUUGGACUAUUCCAAGGGGCAUUCUUAUUGAUCUCAAAACUCACCAACCAGAGUCAAAUUUGUACCUGUUACAGGGUGGCUAAACCUUUUCUUUCUCCACUUUUAAACAUAUUAUAUUUUAUAAACAAAAAAAGUUAUGUAGCAUUGUUCACAAAGCAUUCAGGUUUUCAUAGAAACAGUUCAAAGUAGUGGUUUAUUUGCACAUUUUCUUGAUUUAUAACAGCUGGUCAAAAAUGUGCAAGGAGGAGGAGGUGGGGCCUGAAAUGGGAUUAAAAAAGAAUAUGGAAGUAUUGAUAUCAACCUCAGUGACAUAGGGUAUUGAUAGGAAUUAAUAAACAAAGUGAAUUAAUAUUAACAGAAAGUGCUUUAGAGGAUUUAAAAAUUUUAAAGUAUAUAUGGAAAAAAAAUCUAUUUUUGUUUUCUCUUCCUAUCUGCUGUUUUCUAAAAACAGCAGGCCUCUGUGGCUUCAGUCAAGUUGUUGACUACCAACAAAUAUUUGCAUCCGUUCAAUCAUCCAUUAGCUCAUUUGUGAAUUCUAUCGUCCAGCCACAACCAACGAUAAAGGGUUUGGAGUUUGUGUACAUAAAUGUGAGAACGUUAACGGGGGGGGGGGGGAGUGUGUUUGUUUGACUUUAAUGUAAAGCCGAUUUACGAUAUCCUGCUUAUAUUUUUCCUUUCUUAUUUGAUGUCCCGUCGUCUUUUCCCAAACGAUCCCAUAGUUUUCCAAACCACAGCGAUCAUCUGCGGCCAACGCACAAUUUCCUGUUCAAACCGGCGAGAGAAUAAAACGGCAGACUAUUGGUUCCGGGGUUUUGAUUUGUACCUUUACUGAAAAAUGCUCCUGAGGGUGAUGAUGAUGAUGACGACGGCUUUGUUUGGGAGCGAGAUGUGUCCCAGCACCGUUAUCUAGUGCCUCCACCCGUGCAUCCAUCCACAUAUCAGGUUCCUCCCACAGUGUUGCUGCUACACGUGGGGGCUUCAAACUAAAGAAGCGGGAGGGGGAAAAGGGACAUUGCAUGCCGAAGUGUUAAACUUACCCCCUCUCUCUUUAUUUUCUAUUGAUGAAAGAAAUUAUAAAAAAAAAAAAAGAAAAGAAAAACAGGUGCUCUCAGAAUGAAGGUCAACAACAUGCAUGAAUUUGUGAAGAAAAACAAACAAUGCUGCUUUUGUUGGUUGGAUUUAUUUAUUUCCUUUUUUCUUUUUUUUUCUUUUUUGUAACUUUGCGUUGGAUGUUGAAUCAGCAGCGUCCGGCCAAACGAGUCGCCGCCCCAAAAACCAAAACGGACAAAAUGAAGCGUGGACUCGUGUUGUUGCUCGGCACUGAACAUUCCUGUUGUCUGACAAACAAGAACCGAAUGCUGGUUUCAACCCA